CAAUUUUGCCUUUCCCUCAAACCCCAAUUCCUCUUCUCUAAUCUGAUACCAUGAUUUGAUAUCAAAAUAUGUCAUAAACCUAGCGUAGCGGGCUGCAUUAUACUAAUAAAACUAAUUUAUAUCUGAUCUCGAGCGGGUUUCGUUUCACGUGAGCGCAUAUUCUUGAUUUCCUUCCACAUUCACAUCUGGACUGAUGUUGCAAGGAGGCGUUGACAGUUAACAUCGUUUUUGUGAGAAUUCAGGCGUUGAAAGUCGGGAUAUUCUUUUCCAUGUUUAGGAACCGUAUCGGAUUAGCUUGAUCGAGUAGGCCGAACAAAAGAUCUCACAAUAUAAGCUCCGAUCGUGUAGGGUACUCUAAAAGGAAACAGUCAUGCAGAAGUAUCAGGAAUACAAGAUUGUACCCGACAUCAUUGACUCCCCGCCUGGGGAGGAGCUGUCUGUAGAAUGGAAAAGAAGUAAGGUGAAGUGUUACCCUGGUGAUAAGCUUACUCCAACUCAGGUGCAUACACCGCCCGUUCUUGACUGGCGUGCCCGCCAGGACAACCUCUACACUGUCCUCUUCGUCCAUCUUAGACCCGUGGGCGAGCCGGUCGAUGAGGAGCUUCAUUGGUUGGUCUUUAACAUACCCCAGGAGAACAUGAUGAGGGGCCAGGUCCAUGCCGAGUACCUCGAGUCAGGACCAACGGAAGGCACAGGAGUUCAUCGUUACGUCUACCUGGUCUACCGUCAACCCUCGACCACUCGUAUCACCCCCAAGUUCCCCUACCAACCCCGUCAUCUCGAUGGACGCAGGCCAUGGAACACUCGCAACUUCGCCAAGGAGUACGAUCUGGGCAAACCCGUGGCCGGCAACUUCUACAUGGCCGAGUUCGAUGAAUCCGUUCCCCCGUUCGUUCACGAGGUCACAAGCAACACAGGCCACUUCUUGGACUCGUAGAGUGAUGUCGGCAAUUAGAUCACGGUGGCGACCACGGCACCAGGGAUGACGUGACCAAGUACAAUGAUGUCGACCCUGAUUGCUUCGCACUUGCGAGCGCGAUAGGGAAGUUAUGCUAGCUUUAAAGAAUUUAGUCGCUUAGAAUAACCUUUAAAAAUAGUAGUUGAUCGUUUUAUAAAAUGUUAAAAGAAUAUACUCGAAGGGCGAGACAAUAAUUUUGUAUUGAUAUCCAAGAUUUUUGGUUUGUUCGGUGCGAUGUAUUCUAAGCUUUUGUAAGGAUUUUGAUAUAUAACAGAACCUUUAUGAUCCUUUAUCUUGUAGUAAGGUAUUCAAAUAAGGCCUAUGAAAGUAACCAAGGCUUAAUAUCCAUAAUCAUAAAUAGUUCAAUGUGCCCUUCAACCGUUUGGUUGCUACCUUUUCGAACGUUCUCUCUCUCUCUUUCUCUCUCUCU